AUGAGCGACUCAUCAUUUCGCGCCGUAACCAUUGCUGGAGCCACCGGCACAUUAGGUUAUCAUGUCGCAGACGCUUUUUUGAAUGAUGGAUCUUACAAGUUCGUUAGCCGAAAGAGGCGCAGAAAUCAUUAUAGUCAAAAAGAUGAGCUUGUCAAAGCUCUUAAAGGAACCGAUGUUCUGAUCAGUGCCGUAAGGACACAAGGUAAUAAUGAUACCUUUUACGAUGCUCAAUUACCACUACUGACUUCCGCAAAAGAAGCCGGUGUAAAGAGAUUCAUCCCGUCUGAAUUUGGUAGCGAAUUUCCGGAUGUAAGUCAUCCUUUCUCGGAUGACAAAUCAAAAUUCCGAGCAGAAGUUGAAAAAAGUGGACUUGAGUAUACGAUCAUAAAUAACGGGGUAUUCUCUGAAUACCUUGACUUUAUAGGAUUUGACGUUAAGAACAAGAAAGUCACGUUCAUGACCGAUCGCGACUUAAAAAUUUCUGCAACUUCUUUACAUGAUGUUGGUAAAUACACGGUUGAGUCACUUAAAAUCCCAGAUGCUCGUAACGCUUAUAUAAGAGUUGCUGCCGACACCUUGUCAUUCAAUGAGUUGCUUAAAAAGUUUGAAGAAGCUUCUGGUGAGUAUCUAACUUUUCAUUCUAAACUAUUACAUUUAAAAACGGUAGUUAAUGACGACUCUUUGUAUGAAGGCUCCAAGUGGGAAGUUGUUGAAGAUAGGGAAAUACGAAAACGUUUCCUAGAAAAGAUCGACCCAGUUCCCUCACCUCUUGAGGAAUUGCAAGCCUUUAUUUGCGAAAACACGCGAUUCGCAAAGACAGAUAACGAUAAAUUCAGCUUCACUCCUAUUUCUAUCGAUGAUGUUAUCAAAGCAUUAGUGAAGGGAUCCUAA